CUCCAUCCUUAAAAAUGCAACGAGAGGUUCUCCAUCGUGUACUUGUUGAACGACUGCAGACGCAGGCGGUUCAGCAGCAGUGAACGGUGUCGACAUGAGGCCGGGCCCCUCCGCUCUGAUCUGCUGCCUCCUCUUCAGCCUCCUGCAGCUGCAGCAGACCCACUCCACACCUCUCACCUGCUACUCCAGAGCUCUCGGCCUGAGCCAAGAAGUCAUGACUCUGCUGGAGAAAAUCCACAACGACAGACGAACCAUAACGUGCGCUGCAGACCUACCCAAGAUCUUUCUUGAUGUUCAUAACCAGUGCAUCACCACCAAGCUCCGGGACUUUCUGUAUGUGGUGCUCAACCAUCCCAGUCAGUCAUGCAAAAAGAGACCCAGAAUGGUGAUGCUGAAACGGAAGGUCCAAAACCUGCACACCAUCAUCACCAGGAUUUGUUUUCGAGAUUUGGUGUUCAGGAGCGACGACUGCGAGGCUAUAGACACUGGACUUGUGAGUCCUCACUACGCAGAAGACAGACUGCAGAUACUGCAGGAGGACCGAUGAGCAGCACACACAUCCACAGCACCAGUAUAAACUCUUAAUCUCCACUUUAUCAGCCAAGACACAGCACAAGUACAUCAUGUAGUGUUUCUGCAGUGCUGUUUCGUGAGCUAGCGACAGACUAAUGGUAGUGGACAUGUGUGUGGUUACAUUCCAGCAAAGAGAGCAGAACUUUCCACAGGAAAUUUGCUGGAUGCCAGCCAUGCCGAUGAAAACCUUGAAAUAAUAAACCAGUAAGAGAUGCUUGUGAGCGGAGCCCCACCGCUGCAUACUUAGCAGGGCUGAUCAGAGGCCGAUGUGUC